AUGGAAAGCUCAUCUAGAGUGUCCGCUCCUUUAAGCGCUCCUCUGUCGCCAAUUGCUGAGAUAAAACUGAAUGCUCUCUGUUCAAAACAAGAGUUGUCCACUUCCAAGUCUCCGAAAAAUGCUGUAGCAUCGUUUAUUGUGUCGGGAGAGCCUGACGCUAUUAGAGGCGUCAUCAAAGCCGUCCAUGAUGACUUGAAAGAGGGCAACAAGGAGGCCACCAUAGAGUUUCGAGAGACGACAGUGCCUUACAUUCGCAUCGAAGCACCUACCGAAGAGGAUGCCCUCGCGCUAGUCGCCACAGCACAGAGAAUGGCAGCGGCUCAUAUCUCGGGUCACUCUGCUAAUGACAAGGUCAUCUUCGUGGAACCGCCUACCAUUCCCGGGGCAAGUGAUUUUCGAAUAUCCCUUGACAUCAUUGGCGACACUAAACGCGCACGGGGUGUCCUACAGAGCAUGUCUGACACAUCGGGGUCGGCAUCAGGACUGUCUUCAGAUAAAUCCAACCAGACAUUCUCCAAGGACCUAUGUGAAGCUUUAGAAAAGGCCUCUGGCCUCUAUAGAUCAUUGGUUCUGAGAAUUUCUUUGGGAUGCUACCUCCUUGACACUUAUAAAACUGGAGAAUUCACAUUAGAAAAGUUCGAGAGCAUGGUGACGCAUCCUCGCGCUAGAGGUCAAUUAGACAGACGUAUGGGAAAAGCACCGACAAACCUGACCAUCGAGGCAGUCUUAGAUCGAAUCCGGGGACCUGACAGCCCCUGUGUCCCAAUGGAUAAUCAGACUGCCACGUCCGCUGAUGUCAUCCCUAUAUACGUCUUAGAGUGCUGUCAUGACGACGAUAGGUACGAAACUGAGCUGGAAACUAUGAAGAAGAAACCGAACCAGCCCCUGAGAUUCAGCCUGGUACGGACUAGAAUUAUUCCCCAGAGUGCUCAGGUCUCUAAGUUCGAGGCUAUCAGCCUUGGCAUCGCCAAUAGGAAAUUGGAUUGGAAGAUUGAAGUCUUGCCAGGAGAUCAGAAAAAAGGAGCAUCACAAGCGGUAAAGCAAUACCUCGAGAAGGGUAGCGCUGAGCUACAAGGUUUAUGCAGUGAUUUCUGCACGUAUCCCACGAUUCGCUUGCCAGCAGGUGUUCCGCUGGCGACGAAGCUCAACUCUGUGACGAUUAAAAACAUAUACCGAUUCUUCUGGAAAGGGAGUGGGUAUGUGCUCCAGUUUACGAUCAAUCGACGUUGGCAAACCAUCCGCGAUAUGAACAUGAAGGCUCGUCCGGAGACAGAUUUUGAUGUGACCAUGUAUGGCGAGGAUUGGGACCAAGAUAGUCGCGUCCACGCUGGUGAGACAGUUGGAAAGAUUUGGGGAGAUGAUCUCCAAGGCCUUCUGCGAGAUGAGGAAGGAGACGCAUUGAACAGGGUCCAAGGCCUUGUCCAUACCAUAUCAGAGAUCCGGGACUUCAUUGGAGGCGCUAGCCACAACUAA